UUGAUGCGCGGUGUUCUGUAGCGUCUCCCACGAUUCUCCUUUCCUCUAUUCGGGAAACCUCUCCUACUCGUCAGAAUCAAUGCGAAUCAGCAGCGAUAAGCGCGCUGAUGCUGUGCGGUCUGUAGCUUUCUAUUCUCUGGAGAAUAAGGACUAAACCCUCUGUUACACGUUUCUUUUUGCAUAGCUGUUCAGUGCAACGGGGAAGACAGACAACAUGAUUUGCUUUAUCUUCGUGGUUCUAUGUGGAUUGUCUGGCAGUGCGCUUGCAAAAGGUAAAGUGGAUAAGACAUCCUCUCUGUUCUCUCUCCCAGGUAAAGUGGAUAGGGAGCCUAAGGGGAAGUUCAGUGUUCCUGUUCUGGAUGUGAAGAGUCGACAGCUGGUCCUGGAGGCCAACCAGACGCUGACGAUCCACUGCAGGGGUCGGUGGGAGCUGUCGUGGGUGUUCCCUGGAGGUGUGGCCAGAGAUAAAGAGAGUGUGCAAUUGGAGGAUUCUCGCUGUGGGAGGCAGAGCCAGCAUUACUGCAGCCAACUGAUUAUUAGCUCAGCCCAGGCCCAGCACACAGGAUCGUUCCGGUGUCGGUAUAGCCAGCGGACCCGCAGGCAGAGUGCUGUCUACAUCUAUGUCACAGACAGACAGCGGCCAUUUGUGGAGGAGCAGAAUAACAGUCCAGACGUGGUGUAUAUCAAGGAGAGCCAGCCUCUGGUCUUCCCCUGUAGGGUCACCCACCCUGACGCCACCGUGUCAUUGGUCAAGUUCCCUGACCGUGAGUUGACCCCAGACCAGAGGAACAUAGUGUGGAACAGCAGACAGGGCUUCCUCAUCCGCAGUCCCACCUACUUCUACAUCGGCCUGUUCUCCUGCAAGACCUCUGUCAACGGGACCACACACUCCCUCAGUUACCUCACACACAGACAAGUGAAUAAGAUUAUGGAGGUGUAUCUGAACAGUACUAGUCCCGUCCAGACUAUACAGGGGGACAGUCUGGCCAUCAACUGUACUGUCACUGCAGAGUGGAACAGCAGAGUGUCCAUCAGCUGGGACUACCCUGGGCAGGUAAACCGGGCAGCCAUAAUUAGUAGGCGUAUCAUGGCCAGUAAAACUCACAUGGUUUUCUACAGUAUUCUGUCCAUCCCUAAACUCCACCGCUCUGACAGAGGGCUCUAUAUCUGCCGAGUGACCAGUGGACCGGUCAGCCGAGAGACUAACGUGUCAGUCACGGUCUACGACCGUCCGUAUAUCCGUCUGACACCCAGGCAAGGGGCUAUAGUGGAGGCUCAUGCAGGACAGAAGUCCUACCGACUCUCCCCCAAACUACGGGCCUUCCCUGCCCCAGAGAUCAUCUGGUUGAAGGAUGGGAAGGUAGCAGCAGAACAGUGUUCCCGUUACCAUGUGGACGGGAAUUCCCUGGUGAUCCGGGAUGUGGCGAAGGAGGAUGCAGGGAAGUACACUAUCCUGGUGGGAAUCCAGGAGCACAGACUCUACCAGAACCUAACGCUCUCUCUGGUGGUCAACGUGAGUCCUGGGAUAGGGGAGAAGGCGGUGUCCUUGCAGGACCCAGGUAGUGUCCCGCAGGGCAGCAGACAAGCCCUGCACUGCAGCUCCCACGGAGUCCCCCCUCCUCACAUCGCCUGGCUCUGGCACCCCUGCCCCCCUAAAGGCCUGUGUCUGUGUCCUUACUCCUCCUCACUAUGGAGCCUGGUGAGAGAGAGGGCCCCCAGCACGUCCACACAGAACCACACUACACACAGACAGGAAGUGCUCCAGGGGAAGAAUAAGGUGAGCGCACCACCGGUGGAGUGGACAGACUCUGCCAGUGGUUCAGUGACACUCAGCUGCCUCGCCCACGGCGUGCCACACCCCCUCAUCACAUGGUACAAGGAUCAACACUCUCUUCUGCAGGACUCAGGUAUUUUACUAUUCAGUGAAAGCGGGACCCUCCACAUUGACCGAAUCACAGUGAAGGAACAGGGUCUGUACACCAGCCAGGCCACCAAUGAGAGAGUCUCUGCUGUGGGCUCCACCUACAUCUGGGUUCACAACUCGUCAGAGGGCCUGUCUCUGGAGAUCCUUACUCUCACCUGUACCUGUCUGGUGGCCACUCUCUUCUGGCUGCUGCUUACUCUCUUCAUACGUAAACUAAAACAGGCAAAGGCAGAGUACCUGUCAAUCAUCCUGGACCUGGACAAGGGGCCUCCGGAGGAGCAGUGUGAUAGACUACAGUACGACCCCAGCCAAUGGGAGUUCCCAGAGACUGCCUCGAACUGGGAACCCCUGGACCAUGAGGCCUUUGGGAAGGUCAUGCAGGUGUCUGCCUUUGGCAUCUACAACUCUACAGGCUGCAGAACUGUGCCUGUCAAGAUGCUCAAAGAGGGGGCUACUCACAGUGAGCACAAGGCUCUGAUGAAUGUGGUCAAGCUGCUAGACACCGUUAGCACCGGUCACCUCACAGAGAACCCCGUUAGCACCGGUCACCUCACAGAGAACCCCGUUAGCACCGGUCACCUCACAGAGAACCCCGUUAGCACCGGUCACCUCACAGAGAACCCCGUUAGCACCGGUCACCUCACAGAGAACCCCGUUAGCACCGGUCACCUCACAGAGAACCCCGUUAGCACCGGUCACCUCACAGAGAACCCCGUUAGCACCGGUCACCUCACAGAGACACCAGACACCGUUAGCACCGGUCACCUCACAGAGAACCCCGUUAGCACCGGUCACCUCACAGAGAACCCCGUUAGCACCGGUCACCUCACAGAGACACCGUUAGCACCGGUCACCUCACAGAGAACCCUGAAGGGAAAUAGCAGAGUUCUCAUCGCUGCGCUCCUGUUGCUGUUCGCCCGUUGUGAUGGAAACGCGUCGCAGCCUCAGGGAGACUCACCUCGAGCGCACUGUAUCACCAGCCUGGAGGGACGGUUGUGUACUCUGUCUGAAACCCAUCUGAAUGGUUCUGGUCCUACCAGACUAGAGGUCCCUGCUGGACAGAGGCUCCUGAUCACCAUGCAGAGCCUCCCAGGAGACCCUGUCUGCAGCUGGAGCCGUGGAGCUGACCCAAAAAGAAGGGGCUAUUCCUUGACCAUACUACAGACACAUGUGAGUGAUUCUGGAGAGUACACAUUCAGCUGUGAGAGAGGCGGGAUCAACUCCUCUCUGACCCUCUCUCUACUGGUCGUACCUCUGCUAAGACUUCCCACAAAACCACAGCUGAAAUUUAUCCCUGGGAAAAGAGGCUUCUUACCAGACUAUCAGUGUUCUUCAGAGGGAAACCCUAAGCCCAAGAUCAAAUGGUUCAACAACCUUGACAAGACUGGAAAAGGUAAUGAUGGGACAGACAUUCCCUCCACGAUCAAAGAGAGGGCUAACAACAAAGAGAAAAGUAAAAAUUACUUCAGGACAACAGUCAUGUGCUGUGCUAGCAAUUCUCAGGGAGAGGCGUGUUCUCAACAAUAUGAUUACGAUCUGGACCGUGCCAGUGAUGAGGAUGAUGAGGCUCCAGAGAUCACUGUGAGUCCUGGGCAGCCCCUGCUGCUCAGCUGUCGGCAGAAAGAGAACAGCACCGCACAGUGGCUGCCUGACAACCAGAGACAAGUCUCCAUAUACCAACUCACAUAUAAAGAAAUAUAUAUGACCUACCUGUUCAUUGAGUCGGUGACAGUGAACCACAGUGGAAUCUAUACAUGCCGAGGCAACAAGAACAAGGUCAAAUCCACCCAUGUCCAGGUCCUGGAGAAGGGCUUCAUUUCCAUCGACCAGCUGAAUGAGAGCAGUACCAUCUCAGCCCAGGAGAAGCCAGGGUUCUGUCUGCGGGCCCUGGUCUCCUCACACCCUCUCCUACGCUGCCAUUGGCUGGGUCCGGACAGCAGACAGACCCAGUGCCCUGAGCCCACACGGCUCUGGAAGAGCAGGACUCUGGAGUUGUGUAACACAGAACCAGGAGAGUAUCAGUUACACCUGGAGGCUGGGGAGCUGAACCUCACACAGACCCUCUCUCUGUGUGUGGCAGGUACGUCCACCCCCAGUCUCUUACAGAAUGGAGACAAUAUCACCUGUGAGACCAACACCCCCCUCCCCUUCAACCUUACCUGGAGCUCCUGCUCUUUGACCAAUGACAGCUGUCAGUCAGAGUCUGCAGCCUGGAAGGAGAUCCCUGCCCCACCCCCGAAGCUCUCUGACUCAGACCAGUUCUGUCAUAAGAGGAUCCUCAGUACCCGGUACAGUACGGAGGUGGGGGACUUUGUCAAGUGCUGCAUCACAAACUCUGUCCACUCACAGUCUCACUGCAGUGAGACACUGUUCAACAUACAAUCUAAAUCUGUUCCACCAGCCUCCUCUCAACUCCUCCUGAAAGUGUCCAGUCUGGUCCUGUUCCUGGCUUUGAUGCUGGUCAGCCUGGCGCUGCUCUACUUCAUCAGGAAGAAGAAACCCCAGUACCAGAGUCAGCUGCAGAUGAUCCAGAUGGUUGGGCCUAAUGACAACGACUACAUCUACAUCAACUUCAAAGACUUCCAGUAUGACCAGAAAUGGGAGUUCCCCAGAGAGAACCUGGAGCUGGGGAAGGAGCUGGGCUCUGGGGCCUUUGGCAUGGUGCUUCAGGCUACAGCCUACGGCAUCAGCAAGCCGGGAGUCUCCCUGCAGGUGGCUGUCAAGAUGCUGAAAGAGAAGCAUGAGACCGUAGAGAAGGAGGCUCUGAUGUCAGAGCUGAAGAUGCUGACUCACAUCGGACAGCAUGCCAACAUCGUCAACCUGCUGGGGGCAUGCACUGGCUCAGGGCCCACGUACCUGAUAUUUCAGUACUGCCGUAACGGGGACCUGCUGAACUACCUGAAGAACAACAGAGAGCUCUACCACAAGUCUCUGACCGACGCCUUCACCAGGGACCGCUUCAGCAGACUUUACCAUAACCUGCCCAAGAGGAGCUCCAGUGAGUUCCAGAGGCCAGUGGACAGCAUAUACAUCCCCAUGUCCCCCACCACCACUAGAGGGCAAGAGAGCAUCGCCCUGAUCAGCCUCAACUCUUCUCCCAUGAACACAUCUGAUGGUCCAGGGAUGUAUGAGGAGUUAAAUGAGCUGCAGGAGGAGGAGGAGGAGGAGGAGGAGGAGGAGGAGGAGGAGGAGGAGGAGGAGGAGGAGGCGCUGACCUACGACGACCUGCUCAGCUUCUCCUAUCAGGUGGCCAAGGGCAUGGACUUCCUGUCCUCCAAACACUGUAUCCAUCGGGACCUUGCUGCCAGGAACGUGUUGGUGACUCAGGGUGGACUAGUAAAGAUCGGGGACUUUGGACUGGCCCGGGACAUCGACAAUGACUCCAACUACGUAGUGAGAGGAAAUGUGCGUCUGCCAGUGAAGUGGAUGGCUCCAGAGAGUAUCUUCCAGGGGAUGUACACCAUGCAGAGCGAUGUCUGGGCCUAUGGUAUCCUGCUGUGGGAGGUCUUCUCUCUGGGUGUGACCCCCUACCCAGGGAUAAAGGUGGACAACAACUUCUAUGUGAUGAUAGAGAGAGGUUUUAAGAUGGAGCAGCCGUACUACGCCAGUGAAUCUGUGUAUUCGAUCAUGUGUAAGUGCUGGGCCUUGGAGCCUCAGGACCGCCCUCACUUCUCCAAGCUGGUGGCCUUCAUGGACGACCAACUGGCUGACAUGGAGGAGAAGCUCUACCAUAACAUCCUGGACAAGCGCUGCAGUCAUGUGUUAUACCAGAAUGCACCGGUGAAAUCUGAUCUCUCAGCCUUGGCCAAAGAAAAGGGUCAUCAAGCACAGUCACAGAACCAAUACUGCAAGACCCACUCCACUGGAGAGGCCCCAACAACACUGUCUGACAGGGUUGCCAUGGAGACUGAUGAUGACAAUCCUCUGAAACCAUGUCAGUGAGAACAGUGGCCUGUCUUUCUAAUUCUUCUGUGCCAUAAGGAUUUCUCCUAUUAUAUCCUGAUAGUGUAUAUUUGUAUAAUGCUGUGGAUUUCAAAUGCACUGAUGACUUGCUUUCUCCAAAUAUGUUUAACAAUGAAUAUGUCAAUUAAAACUGUUUUUGUAUCAAAGGCUAGUAGCUCCGUCACUGUAGGAAUUGAUAAAGUCAUAUUUAACAUUGUAACAUAGUAAUGGAUGUCAAAAUUAAGACAACCUGUUUUUGUGAACAUAUUAUACACUGUGUGCAACUAAUUCAAUAUUAAUCAUGUUAUUACUGCUUUUGGAGAAGAGAUAUUUCAAUAAUUUUGACAGCUGGAUUAUUCUGUCUUUUCUUUCCUAUGUGAAGUUUAUUUUAUUAAUAACAAUGAUUUCGUUUUCGGUAUGUUUGUCCAUCUGAGUUCUGGAAAUUAUUCAAAUAUUUGAAAUAAAGUAUUUGAAAUUA